AUCGCCAACUAUCGAUAACUUCGAACCCAACGAAGAACUAGCCCUGGCGUGAUUUGACAAGACAUGUAUAAAAUUGAGUUUAAAAUGUUGGAUUCAACAUAAAUGUAACAUAAAUACUAAUUUUAGUAUUAUAUUAGACUGUGUUUUGAAAUUAUUGUUAUAUCGAAAAUCACCAGCUGAAAAGUGACUCGGGAACGUUCACUAAUGCAGAUUAAAAAACGCUCAUCGCUAAUAGAUUUGGUUUCGAUUCGAUAAACAAGUUUUGCCGGCUAAAUAAAUUAACAAACUUGAUAAGAAAGCCGUAAAAUGCAAAAAGCAACAGAAGAGGAAACAUUUCAGUUACAGGCACUGGAAAUACGUGAGCCAGAUGACAAUUUUGAUCCACAGAAACCGCCACAAACGGGCGAGGAGUACCUGAUGCACAUGCUCUACGAGCGCAAACGUUGUCCGGCGGUCGUGACCAAACGCUCCACAAAAAUCACAAAUAAUGUGACCACCAACGGAUGCGAAAUGCUUCACAGCCCGCCAAUGCCGCCCCACAGAUGUCUGUUGCCCACGCCGGAGUGGCGGGACGCUCAAGUAAAAAGCUUCAGCAAGGCGCGCGCUCGCGUUGUUGCACUGCGUCUGGAGUUGAAUGCACAGCACUAUGAUCAAAGCAUCGAGCCGCCGCUCACCACGGACGUGGACAAAUGGCUGGAGUUCUGCCGGACGCAGCAGCCGCUGCUGAGCACUCUGCUGCGCCUGAGCCAAAGCGAUUUGGAGCUCUUGCUGGAAUUGCUGUGCAAGUGGCUGCAGGAGCCGAAUCAGUCGCCAGUUGAAACCGCUGGACCGAGCACUUCUGCCGCCGCCAAGCCAAUUGAUUUGUUACGCGAUGCUUGGCUGGCGCGCUGGCUGUACGCCAACCUGGUCUGUCUGCAUCUGCCCUUGGAGCCGCAUGUGUUCAGCACCUUGCGGUAUAUAGCGCGCUCCUGUGUGCUGCUGCGCAAUGAGCUAAAGCCGCAGGAAUUGGAGCGUGCGGCGCCCUACAAUCUCAUUAUAACAUUGAUUGCCCUGUACUUUGCCCAAACCGAUUUCUCCGUCUACCUGUAAGCCUGGCCAUGUGGUUCACUUUAAAUAUAAGCGCAUGUAUUUGUACCUUUUAA